AUUUAUUUACCUGCAGGAAUCUAUUUUUAAAAUAAUUAACAUAAACAUCCUAAAAAUAAUAGUCGAAAGUCUUACUCAAACUUAUAUAUCCUCUCACAUUCUAUCGAUCGAAAUUGUCUCUUAUUAAUUCAAGAAGAGUCAUUAAUCUUCUCAAAAUGUCAACUAUUUAUAUUUCUAAUUCUACAGAAAAUCAACCGGCUAAGCAAUGCCGCGCCGCCGUGAAAGAGUUCGGCAGAAUCUUCUGCACCACCUUCCUCAGCCUCGUGCCGCCGCUAUCGCUCCUCCUCUUCGCCCGCCUCUCCGCCAUCCGGCAUCAAACGGCCGUGCCGAAUCUCCACAACAAUUUGUACACUAAGACGACGUCAGUCCUCGGCUUCCCAAUACUCGCCGCCGCCGUUGCUGCUCUUGCUCAAGGCUUCGCCGGCGAUAGGCGCGCUUGGCUUAUCAGAGGACGGCGUCGUUUACAUGGCGCGGUGGUUUGGAUUUUCUCGAUGCAAGUUUGUCUGAAUUUGUGGAUUUAUGGGUUUGUGGAAGUUGAUGAUCGAAUGGGCGGCGGCGGAGUUGGGAGUCUGGUUUCUGUGAGGAGUCUGGUUUUGGGGUUGGGAUUGUGUGAAACGGUGGUUUUCUGGCGGCGGGAUGUGGUGAAGCCGGCGGUGGAGGAGGCGGUUUUGGGGCUCCGAGGAGAGGAGUUUAACUGGGUGGAGAAUGUUGUGUUGGCGGCGGCGUUUGGUUGCAUGUGGUGGCGGAGGCUGAGGAGAGAAGCGGAGGAGCUGGUGGUCAUGAGGAGAGAUGUGGAGCUGGUGGAUGUUGUGGGGUGGUUGUUGUAUGGUUCCACAGCGGCCGUCGGCGGUGCUACGGUGGUCAAAGGUUUGUGGUGGGCGGUGAGUAGGAUUUUCCGACGGCAACCGCCGGUGAUCGGAAAGGUCCGUGCCAUCGAUAAUAGUUUAAUUUGGGUUUGAAAAUUAACAUUGAAACCGAGAUACAAAUAUCUAUCAUGUAAUUUAUACUCUCUCCGUUAUCAUGUAAUUUAUACUCUCUCCGUUCCAUAA